AAAUGUAUACAUCCGGUGAAACAUCUGUUUCUGUCUGAUCGGACUGGUUCAGUGCGUAUCCUCCUAGGAACAUGGCCGAUGGUUAGUUAAUGCUGGUGCUUAACCCGAUGAAAGACUCAAACUCUUUUGCUACAUGAGAAGGUACAAGAAAAAGGAGUUCAAACUUGGCAAGGUGGUUAGCUAGCUAGCUACGGUAGAUCGAGAGGGUGUUGCUUGCUGGAGAAAAGGAAAACAACAUGGCGGCAUUGGAGCUCGAAUGGAUCCCAGAGACGCUGUACAACACUGCUAUAUCAGCAGUGGUGGACAAUUACAGUCGAUCGCGGAGGGAUAUUCGUUGCAUCCCUGAGAAUAUUCAAUUUGAUGUGUAUUACAAGCUGUACCAGCAGGGUCGGCUCUGCCAACUGGGGGGAGAGUUUUGUGAGCUGGAGGUGUUUGCCAAAGUUCUACGGGCAUCUGAUAAAAGACACCUCCUGCACCACUGCUUCCAGGCCCUGAUGGAUCAUGGGGUGAAAGUCGCCUCCAUCCUGGCCAACUCCUUCAGCCGCCGCUGCUCCUACAUUGCAGAGUCUGAUGCCCAUGUGAAAGUGAAGGCCAUUCACUUUGGCUUUGUUUUAGGUGGCUUUCUGUCUGACGCAGGCUGGUAUGGCGAUGCAGAGAAUGUGUUUCUGGCGUGUUUGCAGCUGUGCACACUGCAUGACGAGGUUCUGCACUGGUACCGUGCUGUGGAGUGCUGUGUCAGGUUGCUUCAUGUCCGGAAUGGCAACUGCAAGUACCAUCUUGGUGAAGAGACUGUCAAGUUGGCCCAGCUGUACAUGGACAAACUGGCCAAACAUGGUCAUCAGGCCAACAAAGCUGCACUCUAUGGAGAGCUGUGUGCUCUGCUCUUUGCUAAGAGCCUUUAUGAUGAGGCCUACAGGUGGUGCAUAGAGGCAAUGAAAGAGAUCACAGUGGGUUUGCCUGUUAAGGUCGUGGUAGAUGUCCUAAGGCAGGCUUCCAAGGCCUGUGUAGUAAAGAGGGAGUUCAGGAAGGCAGAGCAUCUGAUAAAGCAUGCUGUUUUCCUGGCACGUGAGCAUUUUGGACACAAGCAUCCCAAAUAUUCAGACACUCUCCUUGAUUAUGGGUUUUAUUUGCUGAAUGUGGAUAACAUCUGCCAAUCAGUUGCAAUAUACCAGACGGCUCUAGAUAUCCGGCAGUCGGUUUUCGGGGGAAAGAAUAUCCAUGUGGCCACAGCACACGAGGAUCUGGCAUACUCCUCCUAUGUGCAUCUGUACAGCUCUGGCAAAUUUGACAAUGCACUAUUCCAUGCAGAGCGGGCCAUAGACAUCAUCACUCACAUUCUCCCUGAGGAUCAUCUGCUGCUGGCCUCCUCCAAAAGAGUCAAAGCUCUGAUCCUGGAGGAGAUUGCGAUUGACUGCCACAACAAGGAGACAGAGGAGAGGCUGCUCCAGGAUGCCCAUGACCUCCACCUCUCCUCUCUCCAGCUGGCCAAGAAAGCCUUUGGGGAGUUCAAUGUUCAGACAGCGAAGCACUAUGGCAACCUGGGCCGCCUCUACCAGUCCAUGAGGAAAUUCAAGGAGGCAGAGGAGAUGCACAUCAAGGCCAUCCAGAUCAAGGAGCAGCUUCUGGGUCAGGAGGACUAUGAGGUGGCUUUGUCUGUGGGCCACCUGGCCUCUCUCUACAACUACGACAUGAACCAGUAUGAAGAUGCAGAGAGGCUUUACCUGCGCUCCAUUGCUAUUGGUAAGAAGCUGUUUGGCGAGGGCUACAGUGGACUGGAAUACGACUACAGGGGCCUAAUUAAACUUUACAACUCUGUGGGGAACUAUGAGAAAGUCUUUGAGUACCACAAUAUUUUAUCCAAUUGGAACCGGCUGAGGGACCGGCAGUUUGCUGUGGCUGAUGCCUUAGAGGACGUAAACACCAGCCCCCAGGCCACCGGGGAGGUGGUGCAGUCCUUCCUACUGUCACAGAACAAUGGGGCUGGCCCACCUGCUUAGGCUCACCACACAGACACACACAUGCCCACACACUGAUAGAAACGCUAAAGGUGUUCACGGCUCACUUACAUUUGUUGAACACACCCUCUCCACAUCAAGCUACAUGGUUGGCCUUGCAAUGGGACACCUGGCUAUGGGAAAAUGCACUAUCGCCUGUGGAAUGCAUAUAAUCUAGCGUUUUUGUCCUCACUUUCGCUCCCAACGGGGGCAUUCUCCUGUGAUCAACCCGGUAUUGAACAUUUGAUGGAAGGAACCUCUUGCCAUCCACUUUGCAUCACCUAACAUUGCUUUCAUCACCGUCAGUCUUCUGUAAGAGGAAUUGAGAGAAGGGGGGAAAUAAAACAACAACAUCAUAGUGUGUUCUAGCUCUAGAAUAGGAAUCGGUUUGUUUUCGGCUUCAUUUUUGGUCAGCGCUUGCCCUUUGUUGACCAUUGGGAUAUCCCCUGCAAGCAUGGAUGGAGCACCUUUUUGCUUUGGCCAAUUAUAAAGAGCAAGUUACUUUUUCUGGGUGGAAUCCUUAUUUUAUUGUUCUAAUGUCAUGAGGGAGUUUACAUAAGAGCUUUCAUCCAUGGACCAAAUAUUCAGUUUCCUUUUUGUAACACCUGUUUCUGUCUCCAUCUAAAGACGUUGGCACAGUCUUUAUGCUUGUGGUUAAAGGUUGUCCGUGAUUUGAUGAAUUUGCAAUGCACCAGUGUGUGUGUUAAAUUUGACCACAAUUGUGCUCAGUAGAUUUGUUGUUGGUGUGCUGACGUGUAGUUUAUUUGAAAGUGUACAUAGGUACCUUUUUUUGAGGAAUUAAAUUGACAAGUAUUUAUAAGGAAUUUCAUAGAGCUAAACCAAAAACAAGUGAGCUUAAACCUGCUAUUCAGAUGACUUCUCAGACGGAGGUCCCCAGGCUAUUGUGCAUAUAAGCCUGGUACAUCGAUUCAAAGUUGGCCUUAGUGGGAGUGACCGUACUGAGUAAAGUAUGUCAUUUAAUUUUAGCGAAUCACACAACUGCGAGGCAUGGCUCUGUGCUUGUGGUAUGCUAGUGUACGGGGGAGGGUUAGGGGGAAGGUUGUGGGAGAUGAUUGGUUGGUAGAUUAAGCCUAUGCUUCAGGAGUUUCUCCCGGGCAUUCUGCACUGGCUAAUGAAAGUCAAGUUUGACCCGUUGGACUACCAGACUCUUCAGGCAUUUGGACUGAAGUGUCUCGGAACGAGAUUAGGGGUCCUCAAACACACCAUUAACAAUAGAAUAGGCCUUGUGUUUUCAUGUUAGAAACCAUUUGUCUAGUGAACGAUUACCUAUUCCAAAGUAAUGUAGUAAGUACCCCGUUGUGUAUGGACUAGGUCAAUGGAAAUUAUUGCCUUGUUUUUGAACAAAUGUGUGUCUGUCUAAGGGAUGUUAAUGUUACAUGUGCUGUUAUGUUUCAACUGAAGUCCGAGCCUUCGCCUUAAAGGACGAUCAGCCAAAGCUGCUCUUGUUCUGGUUCUUAGCAUGCUUGCUUUCCAAAUACCCACACUGGAGAGAGACAGGAAGAUCAUAUGUUUGACCUGACAUACACUACCGUUCAAAAGUUUGGGGUCACUUAGAAAUGUCCUUGUUUUUGAAAGAAAAGCUAUUUUUUUUGUCCGUUAAAAUAACAUCAAAUUGAUCAGAAAUACAGUGUAGACAUUGUUAAUGUUGUAAAUUACUAUUGUAGCGGGAAACUGAUGAUUUUUAAUGGAAUAUCAGCAACCAUCACUCCUGUGUUCCAAUGGCACGUUGUGUUAGCUCAUCCAAGUUUAUCCUUUUAAAAGGUUAACUGAUCAUCAGAAAACCCUUUUGCAAUUAUGUUAGUACAGCUAAAAACUGUUGUUCUGACUUAAGAAGCAAUAAAACUGGCCAUCUUUAGACUAGUUGAGUAUCUGGAGCAUCAGCAUUUGUGGGUUCGAUUACAGGCUCAAAAUGGCCAGAAACAAAGACCUUUCUUCUAGUAGUACCCGCAAAACACCAGUCUCAACGUCAACAGUGAAGAGGUGACUCCGGCAUGCUGGCCUUCUAGGCAGGGUUCCUCUGUCCAGUGUCUGUGUUCUUUUGGCCAUCUUAAUAUUUUCUUUUUAUUGGCCAGUCUGAGAUAUGGCUUUUUCUUUGCAACUCUGCCUAGAAGGCCAGCAUCCCGGAGUCACCUCUUCACUGUUGACGUUGAGACUGGUGUUUUGCGGGUACUAUUUAAUGAAGCUGACAGUUGAGGACUUGUGAGGUGUCUGAUUCUCAAACUAGACACUCUAAUGUAAUUGUCCUCUUGCUCAGUUGUGCACCGGGGCCUCCCACUCUUCUUUCUAUUCUGGUUAGAACCAGUUUGCGCUGUUCUGUGAAGGGAGUAGUACACAGCAUUGUACCAGAUCUUCAGUUUAUUGGCAAUGUCUCCCUUGGUAUAGCCUUUAUUUUUAAGAAUAAGAAUAGACUGACGAGUUUCAGAAGAACGGUCUUUGUUUCUGGCCAUUUUGAGUCUGUAAUCGAACCCACAAAUGCUGAUGCUCCAGAUACUCAACUAGUCAAAAGAAGGCCAUUUUAUUUUGCUUCUUUAAUUAGCACAACAGUUUUCAGCUGUGCUAACAUAAUUGCAAAAGGGUUUUCUAACACAGGAGUGAUGGUUGCUGAUAAUGGGACUCUGUACGCCUAUGUAGAUAUUCCAUAAAAAAUCUGCCGUUUACAGCUACAAAAGUCGUUUACAACAUUAACAAUGUCUACACUGUACUUCUGAUCAAUUUGAUGGUAUUUUAAUGGACAAAAAUUGUGCUUUUCUUUCAAAAGCAAGGACUUUUCUAAGUGACCCCAUACUUGUGAACGGUAGUAUACACUAUAUAUACAAAAGUAUGUGGAUACCCCUUCAAAUUAGGGAAUUCGGCUAUUUCAGCCAUACCCGUUGCGAACGGGUGUAUUAAAUCGAGCACACUGCCAUGCAAUCUCUGUAGACAAACAUUGGCAAUAGAAUGCCCUGUACUAAGAGCUCAGUGACUUUCAGCUUGGCACCGUCAUAGGAUGCCACGUUUCCAACAAGUCAGUUCGUCUAAUUUCUGCCCUACUAGAGCUGCAAUGUCCACUGUAAGUGCUGUUGUUGUGAAGUGGAAACGUCUAGGAGUAACAACGGCUCAGCCGCGAAGUGGUAGGCCACGCAAGCUUACAGAACAGGACCACAGAGUGCUGAAGCGAGUAAAAAUCGUCUGUCAUCGGUUGCAACACUCACUACCAAGUUCCAAACUGCCUCUGGAAGCAAAGUCUGCUCAAGAAGUGUUUGUUGGGAGCUUCAUUAAAUGGGUUUCCAUGGCCGAGCAGCCGCGCACACAAGCCUAAGAUCACCAUACACAAUGCCAUGUGGCGGCUGGAGUGGUAUAAAGCUCGCCGCCAUUGGACUCUGGAGCAAGGGAAACGCGUUCUCUUGAGUGAUGAAUCAUGCUUCACAAUCUGGCAGUCCGACGGACCAAUCUGGGUUUGGUGGAUGCCAGUAUAACCCUACCUGCCCGAAUGCAUAGUGCCAACUGUAAAGUUUUGUGGAGGAGGAAUAAUGGUCUGGGGCUGUUUUUCAUGGUUCAGGCUCCUUAGUUGUAGUGAAGGGAAAUCUUAAUGCUACAGCAUACAAUGACAUUCUAUAUGAUUCUGUGCUUCCAACUUUGUGGCAACAGUUUUGGGAAGGCCCUUUCCUGUUUCAGCAUGACAAUGUCCCUGUGCAUAAAGCGAGGUCCAUACAGAAAUGGUUUGUAGAGAUCUGUGUGGAAGAACCUGACUGGCCUGCACAGAGUCCUGAUCUAGACCCCAUCGAACACCUUUGGGAUGAAUUGGAACGACGACUGCGAACCAGGCCUAAUCACCCAACAUAAGUGCCCGACCUUACUAAUGCUCUUGUGGAUGAAUGGAAGCAAGUCCCUGCAACAAUGUUUCAACAUCUAGUAGAAAGCCUUCCUAGAAGUGUGGAGGCUGUUAUAGCAGCAAAGGGGGGACCAACUCCAUAUUAUUGCCCAAGAUUUUGGAAUUAGUUGUUUGACGAGCAGGCCAUGUAGUGUAUCUUUGAGCUAAGACUGAUUCAUGUUGUCCUCAAAUCAAGGACACCCAGUCUUUCUGAGUGAAGACCACCAGCCCCAUUUGUCAGCCAGCUUUCCUCAACAGCUUUGUUAUGAAAAGUAUUGAACCAUGGGCGAUGCAUUAAGAUGAACCGAGUUACAGAGAUGAACACUGCAGAACAAGGGACAGACAGAUUAGCUACAAAGUCAUAAUCUGAACAGGUGAAGUAAAUGGACAUUGUUGUUAUCUUGAUUUCUAACCCUUUCACCCCCAAGUGCUUUGCCUGUGUAAAUCUUACAAUAGAAAGUGUUGAUUUAAGAAAUUAGAUGUUGAAAGAGGAGAUCCAUAUUGUAAUCGGAGGUUGUGGUCCACCCUGGCUGUUAUAUGGCUGUCUGUAUGUCCUUAGUUUUGUUUACAAGGCUCUAAUUGUUUCUUGUGAAUGUUACUGGAAGGGAUCCUUAGAAAAUCGAAUGUUUUUUGUGAUUGCAGUACACACCCUAUCCUUUCUGUCAAUGUCAGCAAGACUGCAGUAAGAUUCAUUGACAGUGUCUCUGGAAGCAGACAGCUCUUAAAUCAGGAGUUUCAUCUUGGUUUGUUAUAGGUGGAACAACUGUUGAGAGUUUCUCUUCAAGACAAGUUUUCCACUGGAACUGGAGCAAAUACAGCCCAUUAAGCUUUUUUUAUUUUGUUUUUAAUACAUGUCCUGUCUAUAUUCUCACAUGCAUUGCAAUGCGCCAGCCUUUUUUUACAGCACAUUUAUUUCCACACUAACAUCAUUUUAACCAUUGCUCACUCUGAAACUCUCCUGUAUAUGGAAGGUUGUCCAAUUCUACAAGUAUAAAUAUGGGCAAGUUUCAUAGACCUACAUUAAGGCCACUCUUGGACUAAAGUUUUGAUUAAGGUUAUGAUGAGAUGGCUAAACUUAAUUUUAAGAGGUUUGCAUCACCUGUAUUUAAUCCAUAGUUAACUAUGUUGAAUUCACAUUUAAAGCUAUUUGAUUAUUAACAGAUAAUUUGGCCAACUCCUGGACUCAUUUAAUCUUGGUCUGUGAAACUGUUCCUACAUGUGUUAAGAGGAGUAUAAGUACUGUGCCUCUGGGUUACAAGUGUAGACACAUUGAGUUUAGGUAUGACCCUGAGAGAAGUAUCUGGCAGGAUUUGCAGAACUAGAUUGCUGAUAUUCCAUGCAUGCAUUAUCAGAGUUUAAGGAACUGUGGUGUGUGUUGAAGUGAUCUUUUGAUAUGUAUGUAUUCAUUGCAUACUGUGUGAAUUGCUGCCUGCUGCAAAGGUGUGUAUACAGUCCUCUAGUUAAGAGUGGUCUUAGUGGUUGUUCCUCAUGCUGUCCAUGUCUACCCAGAAAGGUAAAAUGAAAUUAUUGUAAUGUGUGUACUGAAAACAUGGAAAUAGUUGUCAUUUUAUGUAUUCUCUCCAUUAUUUGAAUGCCUUCUGCAGUACCUCCAAAUCAAAUUAUGACAGUUAGCAACAGUGGGUCAGCCCAUUAUUCAGUAAUGGGAUGAGUUCUUAAAAUGAAAUAGAACAAAAAAAUAUUAAAUGAGGGCUUUCAAGAA